UUCUUCGUUAGCAUUGGCUGCGCGCGCUGUUUGCCUGGUGAGCGUCGGACCUUUACAUCAGUCAUCAGCAAAUAUGAACUGUACUCUGGAAGGAAAUGGUGUCAAAGCAUUUGGGAAGGCUAUUCAUGCCCUGUCACGGAUCAGUGAUGAACUGUGGUUGGAUCCCAUGGUGAGAGGGCUGGCACUGAGAUCAGUGAAUUCUACUCAUUCUGCAUAUGCAUGCUUCCUCUUCUCACCGCUGUUCUUCCAGCACUACAGGCUGGGAUCAGUGUCAGAGCAGAGCAGUGAAACCAUCAAAUGCAAAUUAGUCAUGAAGUCUGUUCUUCCUCUGUUCCGCUGUUUGACUUCAAUUGAGCGUAACGUGGAACGAUGUCAGAUAUCAAUCAGUACUCCCAAUGACCGAGUGACAAUCCAGUUUUUCUGCAGGCAUGGCAUCACUAAGACCCACAACCUGUGUUUCCAGGAAAGUGAGGCUCUGCAGGCAGUGUUUGCCGCACACCUCUGUCCCAAUGUGCUGAAAGCUCCUGCCAGGCUUCUUGGUGACAUGGUGACGCAUUUCCCAGUGUCCCAGGAGGAAAUCACUUUGUCUGUGACUCCUCUGAGAGUCAGUCUGAGAAAUUACCACGAGGGGGGAAAUGAUCACCUGAAGUUUAUGUACACUGAGAUGUCCUUACACCCAGACGAGUUUGACUACUUUCAGAUCGGAAUGGAGUCGGACAUAACCUUCUGUCUGAAGGAGUUAAGGGGUUUACUGUCCUUUGCAGAGUCACAUUGCCUUCCAGUGUCUGUCUACUUCACCGCUGCAGGAAAGCCUGUGUGCUUCUCCGUGGAGGAUGUGGUCCUGGAGGCUACUGUGGUGUUGGCUACUCUGAUAGACUCUGAAAGCAGGGGCCCCUCUCAGCCUACGGAGACGCUGGCCCCUACUAUCCUCAGUUGUGCAGAUGCCGCUGUUCUACCUGUGGGUUCAUGUAAGGCAGACAGCAGUAAGGCCCAGGGUAUUCCUGCUGAGAUGGAGAUGGUAGCCUCCAGCCAGGGCAGCCCUAUAAUCAACCCGCCUGCUCUCAUGCUGCGUCUGCCUCAGACUGACAACCCUGAUGGACUCGGUGUAGAUGAUGAGGCCUGUGCCAGUGUCACCACAACUCCUGCUUCCUCCAUGGUAACAAGAGCUUCCUGUUGGUGGUUACUUUCAUGCCUCUUUGCCGGUGUUGUUGGGUUGCCUGUCCGUCCCAUUCUUGUGAAUCUCAGAAACACAUUCAGAGAAUUUCCACAAAUCUGGCAUGGAUGUCCACUUGGACUCAAGGAUGAACUGAUUAGAUUUGGUGGUUAAAGGUCACUGUGACCUCACAAAACAUGUUUUGGGCCAUAACUCAAGAAUUCAUACACUAAUUAUGACAAAAGUACAUACAAAUGUCUGAUAGGAUAAAAUGAUGAAGUGAUGACAUUUUAAAUCCAAAAGGUCAAAGUUCAAUUUCACUGUGACAUCAUAAUGUUCUGCAAAAAUAUUUUCUGGCCAUUAGUCAAGACCAUAACUCAGGAACAGGAGAAGAGACAUUUGAUCAGACACUAAAUUAGUGACACUAAUCUUGGGUGCCAACCUUGACACUGUACCGAAUGUAUAGAUGUUAAGCAUCCACAUGCCGUAUAUCCAGUGGAGUAACACCCAUAUUUGAAGCACUGGCAACUGUCAUGGCUUCAUAUGAGUUUGGACAGCCGUGGAUGUAAAGUGUAACUGCAACUUAACUGGUUGUUAAAGGCAUACAGCCGCAAGGUGGUAAUUCUGGUUUACUUGGAACUCUGUAUGGCCUCUACUUGUUCCCUGAGGCUUGCAGGCUUUACAGUUUUGACAGGAUGGGUGGCAUUGUGAAGUGCCAAAGUGCUUCAAGUGUUUUACUUUGACCUACACUGGAAGUAUGCCCAGAGUGCCUGUCCUGUCACACUUCACCAUAUGAGGUGUGACUGAAGAAGACAGGAAAAGGGAAACUGGAUGUGAGGGAUGGGCAGUCUAUGUUGUCCAUCAUCAUGAUGAAUCUAACCUUUCGGUUGAAAUGGCAGUCAAACCCAAAGUUUGUUCUUUCUGUUCUGGUAUUGUUUCUCACUGUUGAAAUAUUUGGUCUAUAGUUUGCACUUCCUUAAGAGGUGAAUAUUGUCUUGUCAGACCAGUUUUCUAGAGACUUGAUGCAGCAGUCUUUUAUUGCAGUGAGGAUAUUCACAUUGACCUGUUUUUCUUCUGCAAAAAAUGAAAAUGAAAUAAUGAAAAAUCAAAUUAAAAUAAGAAAGGACACAAUUUCUGAAACUGUACUCUUGACAUACUUUAUCUCCUUUUCCCUGUAGAUCUGUUCUCUCCUGUUCAGGGCCUUAUCUUCAGAGCAGGACACUGAUGGUUGUGCUGUCAGGCUGCCUGUUCUGGCAUGUUACAGUGACGGAGAGGAGAAUGUGGAGGAAGACUUUACAAGAAGCCCUUCACUCUAAGAACA